CAGAUGCUUCCUCUCUCUCUCUCUCUCUCUCUCUCUCUCUCUCUCAUUCCUUCCUGGGCUCUGCUUCUUCCUUGGUGUUUCUCAUUCUUUUUCUCUCUGAAAAGAAGAAUAAUAUUAAAGAUCGAUCUACCAACCCACUGUAUCACAUCUCUAAUAAAGGAAGAGUCUGCUGGAAGUGACGAUGGCGCUCCCCCUAAGACCUUCAAAAUCUGCACCAUGUUCGCCCAUCAAGCCCCUUCCAGCGAUUCGAAAUCCGCACGUUCGAUUGGACUCCUUUCACGUCAUUCACAAAGUCCCAGUUGGAGACACUCCCUACGUCAAAGCCAAGCAUGUUCAGUUGGUAGAUAAGGACCCAGAUAGGUCGAUUGCUCUCUUUUGGGCAGCGAUCAAUGCGGGCGACAGAGUUGAUAGUGCUCUCAAGGACAUGGCCAUUGUGAUGAAGCAGCAGAACCGAGCAGAGGAAGCCAUUGAAGCCAUCAAAUCUCUGAGGUGCAAGUGCUCAGAAAGUGCUCAGGAGUCCCUUGAUAAUAUUCUCCUUGACCUAUACAAGAGAUGUGGGAGGUUAGAUGAUCAGAUUACUCUUUUGAGGCACAAGCUGGUGCUAAUUCAACAAGGAAUGGCAUUUAAUGGCAAACGAACCAAGACAGCACGAUCUCAAGGGAAGAAAUUUCAGGUUUCCAUUGAACAAGAAACAACUAGAUUGCUGGGAAAUUUGGGUUGGGCUCUGAUGCAGCAGAACAACUAUGUUGAAGCCGAAGCCGCCUACAGAAAAGCACUGUCAAUUGCUCCCGAUAAUAACAAGAUGUGCAAUUUGGGCAUCUGCUUGAUGAAGCAGGGACGAAUCUCAGAGGCAAAACUAACUCUGAAAAGAGUAAAACCUGCUGUAGCAGAUGGACCUCGAGGGGUUGAUUCUCAUCUAAAAGCAUAUGAAAGAGCGCAAGAGAUGCUCGGAGAUCUUGAAUCUAUGAAUGGUCAAGGCCAGUUACAUGAAAUGUCUUCCUCAGUGUGGCAGCCUCAGCCUUGCACACAGUUUUAUGCAGAUGAAAACUUCAACUCUAUCAAUAUGGACAGCAAUGCAUUUCCUCCAUUGCAGAAAAGCACCAAACCAAUUUUAUCACAGAAUAUCCUAAACAUUGACGCUCCACCAUUCUAUUCAUCAAAACCAAUAAACGUCCUCUCUGAGAGAACCGUUCAUGAUCCUCUUGCUAACCUCAAAAGGACGAGGUCAAUUAGCACAUACCAAGAUUUGGAGGGCUUGAAGAAAACAGGGAUGGACCAAUUUGAAGAAAGAUCAAUAAAGACUUCAUUUUUGGCAGAACCAGCGGAGGACGGGGAUAACAUCAUCUGGCCUGACAACAAGGAGUUUGAAGAAGCAAUAAUGGCAGCUGCCGCUUUUAUCAUUUCUGACACAGCAAAUCCUGCAGAUUGCCAGAGAAAGAUACCCAAGCGACUCAAAGUUUUCCAGGAGAUUGCCCUUCCCCUGAGCCCUCAAUGCCCGAACUGAACUUUAUCUGUUGCCUUCCAUUCUUCUCUCCAUUUCCUCUUAUUUUUUUUCUAAUUAACAAUGUUUCUCUGAUUUAUGGGAGAUGAACUUGUUCUCCUCUAGAGCCUGUUGGUCUGCGGGACGCCUAAGUGUUAGUCCUAAGAUCUUAACAACAGUGGAUGGCCACUGACUUUUUCCUCAUUAAUCAAUUCUUGAUGACCGUGUGUUAAGCUAAUCAAAUUAAUGAAGUUUGCUUUCCAAUCAAA